CCAUUUUAACACAGAGCUCAGUGUUUUAAUCAUAAUAAUAAUUUUAAUUUUAAUUUAACUUUAUUCUUCUUCUCUCUCACUCUUCAGUUUAGUAGGGUUUUUCUUUAUCCCCUUUCUUCUUCUUCUUCCUCUUUCUCUCUUCUUAUCUUCAUCGCAACAACAACAACAACAGUAACCGAUUUCAGUUAUAGAGAGAGAAAGUAAUCUAGAGAGAGAGAGUGUGAGCGAGAGUGAGAGCGAUCAUCAUGGAUGCGCACGGCGCAUUUGGCCUUGGCGGCGCUCGUUGGAGCCUCCGUUGUGGCCGUGUCGGCGUACUACAUGCACCGCAAGACGCUGGCGCAGCUUCUGGAGUUUGCUCGGGCGGUCGACCGGGAUGCUGGCUCCGACGGCGGAGAUUCGCCGCUGGUUUCGAAGAGGCGCCAUGGCGGCGCGAGGAGGAGGGGGAGCAACGGUUACCGGCGCAGCUCUGCGUCGCUGCCGGAUGUUACGACGAUCGACGGCGGGCUGGAUGGGGAGGAGAAGAGGAACGGGCUGAUGCACGUUGAGGGGAUUCCGGCUGGGCUUCCGCGGUUGCACACGCUCCGUGAAGGAAAAUCUACGAAUUCUGGUUCCUUAAAGAGGAAUAUUUUAAGACCAACUUCUCCCAAAUCUCCAGUUGCAAGUGCUAGUGCCUUUGAAAGCGUAGAGGGAUCAGAUGACGAAGAUAUUAUAUCAGAAAGCGCUAAUUUAGAUACUACAUAUCUGCACUCGAAUGGAGAUGUUGGGGCUGAAGGUAAAAAUCCAUAUGAGACUUUGCCUAAUCAUGUUAAUACUAAUGGAGAGCAGAUGGCAAUCACUGCUUCAAGUAUGAUCCGUUCUCAUAGUGUUUCUGGUGAUCUGCAUGGUGUUCAGCCCGACCCAAUAGCAGCUGACAUUUUGAGGAAAGAGCCAGAGCAUGAAACUUUUGCUCGAUUGAAAAUUACGCCUAUUGAGACUCCAUCACCUGAUGAAGUUGAAGCCUUUGUUGUUCUUCAAGAAUGCCUUGAAUUGAGGAAAAGAUAUAUUUUUAGAGAAGCGGUUGCUCCAUGGGAGAAAGAAAUUAUAUCUGACCCCAGUACUCCAAAGCCUAACCUAGAGCCAUUCUUUUACACUCGUGAAGAAAAGUCUGAUCAUUACUUUGAAAUGCAGGACGGGGUUAUUCAUGUAUAUCCGAAUAGAGGCUCCAAAGAAGAGCUUUUUCCUGUUGCCGAUGCAACUACGUUUUUCACUGACCUCCAUCAGAUACUUAGAGUUAUAGCAGCAGGGAAUAUCAGAACUUUAUGCCAUCAUAGGCUUAAUCUUCUAGAACAAAAAUUCAAUCUUCAUUUGAUGCUAAAUGCGGAUAGGGAAUUUCUCGCCCAGAAAAGUGCGCCACACCGAGACUUCUAUAAUGUUAGAAAAGUUGAUACACAUGUCCACCAUUCAGCAUGCAUGAAUCAGAAACAUCUUUUAAGAUUCAUAAAGUCAAAGCUAAGGAAAGAACCAGAUGAGGUUGUAAUAUUUCGAGAUGGGACAUAUCUGACCUUGAAAGAGGUUUUUGAGAGUCUGGAUUUAACUGGAUAUGAUCUCAAUGUUGACCUUUUGGACGUUCACGCAGACAAGAGUACAUUUCAUCGCUUUGACAAGUUCAAUCUUAAAUACAAUCCUUGUGGUCAAAGUAGGCUCAGGGAGAUUUUCUUGAAGCAGGAUAAUCUUAUUCAAGGUCGUUUUCUUGGUGAGCUGACAAAGCAAGUGUUUUCUGAUCUUGAUGCCAGUAAAUAUCAGAUGGCUGAAUAUAGAAUAUCAAUAUAUGGAAGGAAGCAGAGUGAGUGGGACCAACUAGCCAGUUGGAUAGUGAAUAAUGAAUUGUACAGUGAGAAUGUUGUUUGGUUGAUUCAGCUUCCACGAUUGUACAAUGUGUACAAAGAAAUGGGAAUUGUGACCUCAUUCCAGAACAUGCUUGACAAUAUCUUCAUUCCACUUUUUGAGGUUACUGUUGAUCCUGAUUCACAUCCCCAGCUGCAUGUUUUCUUGAAACAGGUUGUAGGACUGGAUUUGGUUGACGAUGAAAGCAAACCUGAAAGACGACCAACAAAACACAUGCCUACGCCUGCUCAAUGGACUAAUGUAUUCAAUCCGGCAUUUUCGUACUAUGUGUAUUACUGUUAUGCAAACCUUUAUACCUUGAACAAGCUUCGCGAAUCAAAGGGAAUGACUACAAUCAAAUUCCGUCCACAUGCUGGAGAGGCUGGUGAUAUUGACCACCUUGCUGCAACCUUUCUUACAACUCAUAAUAUCGCACAUGGAAUCAAUUUGAGAAAAUCGCCUGUGCUUCAAUAUUUGUAUUAUCUGGCUCAGAUUGGUCUCGCGAUGUCUCCUUUGAGCAAUAACUCCCUAUUCUUAGACUACCAUCGGAAUCCUUUUCCAGUGUUCUUCUUAAGGGGCUUGAAUGUAUCACUUUCUACUGAUGAUCCGCUCCAAAUUCACUUAACAAAGGAACCAUUGGUUGAAGAAUAUAGCAUAGCUGCUUCUGUGUGGAAGUUGAGCUCAUGUGAUUUAUGUGAGAUUGCUCAUAAUUCAGUUUAUCAAUCAGGUUUCUCACAUGCCUUAAAGACACAUUGGAUUGGUAAGGAAUACUACAAGAGAGGACCAGAUGGAAAUGACAUUCACAAAACAAACGUUCCUCACAUUAGGCUGGAAUUCCGUGAAACGAUCUGGAGAGAGGAGAUGCGACAGGUUUAUUUGGGCAAACCCAUCAUUCCUGAUGAAAUAGAGAGAUAAAUUGUCGGGGGCAUGCACAAAUUCAAUAUACAUGAACCAGGGAGAUUGUGAAUAGGUAAUAUUAAUUCCUCAAACCCAUCCAGCAUCAGAGAUGAGCUGAAGAUGUUAUAAAUUAUAACGCUGCUUCGGUUUUGUGAAUCCGAUGCAUAGUAGUAUGCAGAACUCAGAGGAUCAUAGAGCUUAUCGUUGAGCAAGGUUUACAGUUGAAGAUCAACCUAGCCCUGAGAAAGUGUUUUCUUUUAUUUAUAUGGGCCAGAAUUUCAAUGAGAAGGUUAGCAAUAAUUGCAUGCAUUGAGCAACUGUUGAUGCGGUGAUGUCUGUUGCUGCUAGAAUGAACAUAAGGGAGAGAAAUUCUCUCAAAAUUUUGACUUAUAAUAUAGUGCCUUUUAAUUGAAAGACGAGGAGCCCUUUUAAAUUUUA